AUGACCCUCACUAACUCCCAGGACCUGACCACCUCUCCCACGACCCUCGCUGAGACUCCUUCACCAGUCGUCGUCUUCAGCACCCAGACUCCGGCGUUUAACACGCCCCCACCUCAGGCAUCAUUCAAAGCACCAAAUACUCUGAACUUUUUCAACGCGCCCACAACUACGCCCCCACCCGUCGUGUUCUUCAGCACACAACCUCCAGUAUUCAAUGUACCUUCAGCUGGGAACACUUUCAGAGCGCCCUCACCUCAGGUUCCUUCACAAGAAUCCACGUCGUUCAACCCCUCCCCACCUCUGUCUCCCUUUAACAUGAUCCCCGUUAUACUUCCUGUCAAUAUGGUCCCCGUCGUAGCUCCCCUCAACCUGCCCUUUGUGGUGGCUCCCGUCAACCCUCAGCCCACAAUAGAUCCCAACAACCCCCCCACCCCACCCAGCGAGUCUCUCAAGCCUCCUCUUAACUUCCCCUCCCACCAGUCCACAGUAGCACCCCGCCUUCAACGACUCUUCCCCAGUCGUCAGCUGGCCAACAGCUUCACCCUCCAACAGAACAGUCAAUCGUCGUCAUCACAGUCGUGGCGGGGACAGUCAAGUAGCACCAGCACGUCCCAACUCCCUGGUGGUGUGGGGGUCCUGCAGCAGCUACGUCAGGCACAAAGUAGCAACACACAAGAAAAGUCUACCUCCUCCUCCUCUUCGUUCUCAACUAACAGCCUCGCCCAGCCGCUGGAUAAUGAAACUCCCUUGACGACCCCGGGUCCCUCUAGGGACAGAGAGAGGCAGUUAUUGUCUCCAAGGCGUCGUCCGACACUUCGUCGCCCCUUGACGCCCAUCACGCGACCCAGAUCACAGGUUGUGCAGACGCCCGUGUCCGACGAGUACAUCAAGGCCUUCCCUGAAGUUGCGGCGCCUGAGGGCUUCCCCGGCGAGGACCCCGAGGAAGACACCAUAAAGGAAGCCAUCUUCGAGCUCCAGCGGCUCAACUAA